GCGGCUUCGGUCAGUUGUGUUCGUUUGUAUAGUUCAUUGUGUCGGAUUAUGCGAGAAUUCUUGUAAAAAUCGAAAAUUUUCUUAUAACUCGGAAAUCGUAAACGUAAUCGAAUAAUUAAAAACCAUUAUAUUGUACAAAAGGUCAUAUAUGUGCAAUUUGUUAUAUUCGCGUUUGUUAAUAUAACCUCAAAUUUUGUGUGCGUCGUUAGCCAAAACAAAGUAGUGAAGCGUCCUUGAUAGAAAGCUGUUUACUUUUCUGGCGGUUUUCAAAAACGUGAGAAAUGAGCAAGUUACGAAAGCGUUCUAUGUCCGUGUUUGUUCCAAAACACGAUAAUCGUUUGUCAAAACGGUUUGAAGGAGUCGCUUCCGAUAACGAACGUCACUCUGAUUCGGAAAUUGAUGAGGAUGAUGACAAUUUACAUACGUCCAUCGAUGAAAAAUCCCAUGAACUAGAACCAAUUGAUUGGACGAAGGCAGAUUAUGAUAUGCUGUUGGAAAAAUUGAGGUCGGCUCUUCCAAAAAAAGACAUUCGGAAGUUUGAUCGUACACUGCAAAGCAUUAAUUGGGAGGAAAUCAUUAUACCGAAUCAUAGCUCGGAAGAAGUGAAGAAGGUAACAGAAUCUUUGAUUGAUAAGGUUCGACGUUUUCGAACACUCAGUGAAAUGUUAAACGACGUUCCUGAUAUUAUAAACAAAUUACUUAGUGCGGGAAAACCGAAGAUUCCCCCACAUGCUUACGCGUUAUAUAUGAAAGAUAAUUUGGCACGCUAUAGAAGCUCUAACAUGGACAUGAAAAAUAUUUUCAAGAUCGUUUCCCAAGAAUUCCAAGAAUUGUCUGAUAAAAACAAAAGAAAGUAUGAGGAAUGUGCUAAACGUUUGAAAAACGAAUAUAAAGCUAAACUGCUUCAGUAUUACGAAGAUCACCCAGAGAUGAAACCCUUGAGGAAAGUAAAAAAGAAAGAACCUACUAAAACGCCAUUCAACUUGUUUUUUCAUUCGCGACGAGAAACAAUCGAAAUUUCUUUGGUGCAAGCUCGCAAGGAAUGGGAAGCAUUGCCUAUAAAGAAAAAACUGAAGUACAUUCGCGAAUCAUUUGCUUCGGAAAAUGCUGGUAAACUUCUGAAUAAAAAGGAGCAGGAAAUGUUGGAUCGUGAUCAUGGAAAACCGGAAUUUGUGGGUCGAAAUGCCUUUGAGUUGUUUGCAAGAAAACAGCGUACACAACCCGACAUGUUACUUCUCACCGGUAAAGAACGAGAACUGAAGAUUCGCAAAGAUUACAAAGAGCUAACGAAACAAGAGAAGGAUGAACUAAAAGUUGAAUAUACCACGGCCAGAGAAAAGUACAUUACUCAGUAUAGGAAGUACAUAGAAAAGCUGCCGGUUGAAAAACGAGAAGCGGAGAUUGAGCAUAUCCGCAGUCUGACAGAGAUAAAACGGAAAGAGAAGCCGGAGAAGAAAAAAGAAGAUAAAAAGGCCAACAAUUCCGGAAAGGUGUUGGAACUGUAUCCCGGAUCUGGGGAUUUUGAUCAGCCGGUAGCAGAAUCAACCACCAUAAAAAAAGCAAAGACUAAGAAGUCAUCGACCAAAGUUACAGAGAUUGAAAGGCAGUCACCUUCGAAAACAGUAUUGUCAGAGAAACCGAAAAAGAACAAAACAGAUUCUUCGAGCGAUGAAACUUCGAAACAACUCACCAAAAAGGAAUUAAAGCCAGGUUCCUCCCAAAUGAAACGAGCUUCGCCACAGAAGAUGGCGGAAUUAUCAAGUAAAAAAUCAAAGUCAUCUACCGAGUACAAAGAUUCAUCGGAAGUGGAAUCAACCGUAUCCGUAUCAAUAGCAGUUAGUAAGAAAGGUUCUUCUAGUAACAAACCGUCAGAUGCGGCGCCAGUCUUUGUAAGCGCUACCAAAAAUGGAAGUGUUAUAAAGGACCAGAAAAGGCGUUCAUCGGAAAAUACACAGUCACUGGUGGAAAUCAAGAAACCUAAAAAAUCGAUAAAGAAAGAAAAACCAGAAGAAUCGAAACCGACAAAGGUACCUUUACCUGAACCGGAACGACCGCCGGGAAACCCUGAAGAGUUCUAUAGGCAGCGUAUAUACAAGGGCAAGGUGGGUAAGCACAGGGAAUCGUACGCUAAUUUGUCCGCAGCCAAGAAACUCGAGAUAAGUGAGCAGAUGAAGGCCGCACAGCAACAGUACAUAAUAGAUCUGGAAAAUUAUUUAAAAUCGAUGCCCCCUACCGAAAUUCAGCGAUACAUUCAGAAGGUUAAAACACUGCAGACCCAAACGACGAAUGACAAUUCGGAUGAUUCCGACGAGGAAGAUGAGGAUGAUUCGUCAUCCGAUAGUGACGAAGACAGCUCGGACUAGAGAAAUUUCGUUCGAUUCUACCCAGUGCGGAUUUUUCGUUGUUGAUUUGAUAGGUUAAGUGAAAUUUUUGACAAUUUCAGAUUUAUUAUUUUAUUCUUAUAAUUAUUUCUCAUUGUAAAUAAUAAACGAAU